UGCAGCUUAUCCGGAGCGAUUCAAAUCAGCCGGACAUGCUUAACUGGAUCUUCGGCUCGUGGUCGGAUAUGCUCACAACAUAAAAUGUUCCAAUUCAUUCCAACAUAUCCAUCAAUACAUCACAUCACAGACAUUGGUGGGUCCCAAUCUCAUGGUGAAAUGUACGAACGCAGAUCAUGAAGCGGGUUUGGACGGUUUCUGUUGUGAUCAGAUCGCCAGAUCCCGUUAUCCCCUUCAUCUCAACCCUCCCAAACUGUCCCUGCAUCGCCUUUUGGCUGUUGCAUUCCGAAUUAAAAGGCGCGAAGAACGAAUCACACUUGAGUAUAAACUGUAGAGUAGUGAAGGAUAGACGCAGAAGGAGAAGAAGAAGAAGAGAGAUGAAGUUCAAAGCAUUCUUAACUGACAAUGGAGUUCACCUUCUAGAAAAGAAACAGGGUUCUUACCUGCACUGGACAAGAUGGGAAGGGUGUGUCAUCUUUACCUCACCCGAGACCACGCCAUUUUCCUCCACAACCUCCUCAACGGCGACGGUGUCCAGUGCAUCGCCCAGUUCCGCAAGGAGGCCCUCUUUGACGACUACCGCAUUUCCAGCCAGAACGACGACAGAAUUGCCUUCGUCAUCGAUCUUGGCCUCCUUCAUCGUGCCCUCCGUAGCAGCGUCAGCAUCAGCCUCGAGGGUCCUACUGGUGGCUCUGCCGCCUCCAACCGCCUUCAAAUUAAGCUCGUCAAGAAGUUGCCAUCCAAUUCCCGCCAGCCCAUGCCUUUCCUCACCUUCGAGACGAAGGGUUAUAAAUCAGCAGUAGUUCAAGAUGUUCCCAUUUCUAAGCCUCUUUCCAGAGCUGAUGUUAUGGAACUUCAAUCUGCUCUAGACAUGGCACAGGACCUGCCCCAGACUCUGGUUCAGGUACCUGAUUUACUUCAGUUACAAAAUUUUGUGGACCGUCUCAAGCAUGUGGGAGACCUACUUAAUGUCUCCAUAACCCAGUAUGGGGAUCUCCAUUUACAAGUCUCCACUACCCUAAUCACUGUUGGUGCUGAGUUCCAGAAAUUGAGAGUUAUUGGAGUCAGAGUGGAAGCUCCAGCUGGAGACGGAGGUGCAAGUGCUCAAUCUCGCACAGAGAUGGCCAAACAAAGGGGAGAAGCACUGUCUGUGCAAGUAAGCAUGAAGCACUUUGCAAAGAGCCUACAAUGUCAUUUGACAAAGCCAGAUUCUGCUUUUUAUGGUAUAGCUGCACAAGGUGGUUGCUUGACCGUGAUAUUCCAGUUCUUUAUUCCAGGAACAAGGCAGACAGAUAAGUCAAUCAGUUUACACUGUAGGCUUCCUGUACUUGAUACUGGCUCCAGUUGAAGGCCCAUCAAUUAGUCAUCUUUCAGUCCAUACUUGAUAUUGACCCUGCUCAGAUUUGAUGUUGUCUCUACUGCUCUGGUUCGAAGAGAAGAGAAUGAAAACCACCAUUUCUAGUGAUCGAGUGAUAGCUUCUGUGGUGGAGAAAAGAAAACACUUGCAAGGGAAAUGCCGAUUUGAAGAGUGUUUUCCCUCUCCUUUCUCUUGGGGCAAAACCAAAAAAUGAGGACGAGAGGUUUAAAAGAAGAGUGAUGUUACAGUGUAUCAGGGUCUAUAGUAAUUUAGUGCAAUCUGGCUCUGAUACUAGGCCCUGUAAAUAAAUCAAACGGGCUAAGACACCUGCACAGUUCUCUAAUAUAAAAUCAGAAAAUUCAUUUA